UACACAGGGCUCAGAAUUUGGUGGCAAGACCUCUCUGAGCCCACCUGCGAAACAAACUUUGAUUCUCCAACUCUCCAUGUGUCGCUCAGUUUGUCCUUGGGACCACCCGCUGUAGCACUUGCUGUGACACUCUACAGGAGAUCACAGAGAGACUCAUUCCAGAGGGGUCCUCCCUAAACACAGAAGAAAGGAAUGAAGACACAAAGAUGCCAAGAAGAGUAUGAAAAACAGGCCUGGUUAAGUCCCCCUGUUUAGUUAGUACCAUCAGAUCAUACUCUCUUUUGGCCAAUCAUACUUCUAUAUAGCUGCCCACUCAUCAUCACAUCUAAGCAUAAAAAUACAAUUUUCUGUUUCUUUGGAUUUUCAUUUCCUUGUGAAGACUCCUGUGUGAUGUAAAACCUCCCCCCUCCGCUACAAAAAGGGUCUAUAAGCUUCUAGAUUUCAUUGGGUUAUUGGGCACUCACUUUUCUUUCCUGUAAUGUUCCGCAAGCAUGUAAUCCAUUCAUAUCCCUUUCUCCUGUUAAUCUGUUUACUGUCAAUUUAUUUCAUAGACUCUAUUAUUGAACAUUUAUGGAUACCUCCUUUGGAGAAAUAUCUAUCCUGAAUUUAAUUUUAAAUGUAAAUUUAUACAGUGGCAUAUGUCAGCAUUUUCUCUGACAUCAUGUAACCUGAGGAGAUCAUACAAACAACUGAAAGCAGUUUCAUGAUUUGUAUAUAAUUGAAAACUCCUGUUUAUGCAGUCUAUCACUGUAUCUUCAAUUACGAGGAAAAAUUAAUUUUAGACUUGUCUUCCUCAUUAAUAAUUGGUUCAUCCUAUGUUUCAUAUGACAACAGUGUUCUUUUAUUGUUAUGCUUUAUUGCAAUGUCUUUGUGAGUUUGGAUUUUUAUCGUAAAACUUUAAUGACAAAGUGGACUGCCUGAGUGCUGGCAGUUCCUGUCCCCUCCAGAGCAGCCAGAGACGACAAGACUUUGCUUUUAAUCGCUGAUUUUUUAAAAAAUUGAACUGCUAAUGAAUGAAUAUCAAUGAUCUUUUCAGAAAGAGCCUUUAAUUAAAUGCACAAAGAGCGUUUAAUAAAAUGCACAAAGGCAAAAAAUGGUUGUAAUUGUAGAGAUUAGUCCUUUAAGAGAUGAGAAGGGGUGCUAGGGGGCGGAUGGAUGCAUUAAUAGAACUGGGAUGGGGUGGGUGUUUGGUUUGUGCAGGUGUGUCGGGAGGGGUGAGGCAGACGGAGGGAUGCGGGGGCGGAGCGUGCGCAUUUGCACCCAGUAGAGAGCUGGCCCCUGUCUCUGGGUGAGCAGUGCGGACUCCCACCCAGGUCAGUUACUCCCAGGGACUCUUCCCCCUGUUUACUCAGAGAAGUGGGCAGCUGCGAGCGUCCCCUCUUCUCCUUCCUUCUGCUCAGGGGAGUGGCACGUCCGAGGACCACAGGGGACCGGCUGCGAAAUGGGGAGGGUCUGGCCGCGCCCCUCCGGGAGCCGCGGCGCCCGCAGGAGAUUUGGGGUGUGGAGGCCUCCGAGAGAGCGAGCUCCAGUCGCGCCCAGUGUCCACAGAAUGCGCCUCAGCGGGCCACAGGGGCACGGCGGGACCCGGGAGGCUCUUGGGCGAUUCCGAGAGGGUCGGGUCCCCAGCCCUGGGGGGGGGGGGGAGGGAGGACUGUGCCACCUGCUAACGACUCCCUGGGCGACUCCAGCACAGAAAGCCGAGGGCUGGGCCCUAACGCUGAUCAGCCAGACUCGACAGGUCCUGGUGGGUCACCCGCCUCCGGGGGAUGCGGGUUGGGGAUCCUCCCCACCAGUCCCCAUGUCCGGUGAGGCUUCGCUUGUCCAGCGCCCCGCAGGCUGCUGCCGGCUCCCGGUGCCCGGCGGCCGCGGUCCCGCCGAGUCAGGUUAGUCCAGGACGCAGACGCAGCGGUUCCUGCGCUCGGUGCAGGCGCUGAAGAGUCGGAGCAGGAGGGGAAGGACACGUGUCCGUGCAGUGGCCUGAGCCUCCAGCCGCUGGACCCGCAGCAACCUCUCGAAGCUGGAUCGGCCUUGAGCCCCAGCCCGAAAUCCCGCAAAGGGCUGCCGCCAAGGUUUGCAAGCGUGACCGCACUUGCACCGCCUCCGCGGUCCCCAGUCCACCAAAUGGUGGUAAUCCUGGACUCCUCUCAAUGCCGGGCCCUGUGGCACCGGGGAAAGUCUCCACACAGGAAGCCCGGGGCUCGUGGGUGCAGUCGUGCUGCGGAGAGAUUCUCUAAGGAAAGAGGCCAGAGUCCUGAGAGAGCUGCUCCCAGAACUUCUAUGAAGCACAUGGUGCAAGGAUGGACUGCAGUGUGCAGCGGAGACUCUCCGCUCGGGGAGGAAGCGCUCAUUUGCCCAGCUGCUGAGAGGGUGAAAGGCUGACAUUUCAGAUGGUAAAAUUUGUGACAACAAUAACCACAACAAAAUCAACCCUAUAAAGAAAUACAGAGGUUGGAGAGGUACAAGAGCUGUUUGAAACAAAAAGAGUCUCUCCUCCUCCUUCAGCCUGAGAGUGGUCUGGAGCAUUCUUCAUUGCGCCGUAACACUGGUAGAGACUCUGGAUGAUCUCUACAAUUGGUAACCCCGACGUGAUGCGGCCAACUCACGUGUGGAGAAGUUUCCAUGGACUAACAGGGAAUCCUGAAACAGGUCCAGAGUGGGUCCCUACAAAAAGGGUGAAACUAUACCAUGAGCUGGAAAACACCAGACAACCCUAUCCCACAGAUGAUGAAUCUGAUCCUGGAGUAACAAAGGACAACAUUGACCAGGACGAGACAAGCUCCUGAUGUGACCUGGGACAAUUGAAGAGGCUUGAUCAAAAGACGAUAUUUGGAUUUGAAGCACAUUUUGGAAUUCAUCUUUACGUACAAUGUCACCCUCAAAUGAAGGUCCAGUGGUUUAUGCACCCCCAGAUGGCGGCUGGGGGUGGGCAGUGACAGUUGGAGCUUUCAUUUCUAUCGGAUUCUCCUGUGCAUUUGGCAAAUCUAUUUCUGUAUUUUACAAAGAUAUUGAAAAUACAUUUAAUGCCAGCACCAGCGAAGUAUCAUGGAUAUCCUCUAUCAUGUUCUCUGUUAUGUAUGGUGGAGGUCCCAUCAGCAGUAUCCUGGUGAAUAAAUAUGGCAGCCGUCCAGUCAUAAUUGUUGGUGGCUGCUUGUCAGGUUGUGGCUUGAUUGCGGCUUCUUUCUGUAACACUGUACAGGAACUUUACUUGUGUAUUGGAGUCAUUGGAGGUCUUGGGCUUGCCUUCAACUUGAACCCGGCUCUGACCAUGAUUGGCAAGUAUUUCUACAAGAGGCGACCAUUGGCUAAUGGCCUGGCCAUGGCAGGCAGCCCUGUGCUCCUCUCUACUCUGGCCCCGCUCAAUCAGGCUCUCUUUGAUAUGUUUGGCUGUAGAGGAAGCUUCCUAAUUCUUGGAGGCUGCUUACUAAACUGCUGUGUAGCUGGAGCCCUGAUGCGACCAAUAGGGCCCAAGCCAAGCAACACAGGGAAAGAUAGAUGUAUAGAAUCCCUUCAGGAAACUGGAAAAUCUGAUGCAAAAAAAGGUGCAGGGGAUGUAAUUGCAGAAUUUAAUGGAAGAAACCCCAAAGAGGAGAAAGAAUCUGUUUUCCAAACAAUUAACAAGUUUCUGGACUUAUCCCUGUUCACUCACAGAGGCUUUGUACUAUACCUCUCUGGUAAUGUGAUACUGGCAUUUGCACUGGCUACACCUUUAAUCUUUCUUAAUAGUUAUGCCAAGAGUCAGCAGUAUGCUAGUGAGAAAGCUGCCUUCUUGCUUUCUGUUUUGUCUUUUGUCGAUAUUAUAGCCCGACCUUCUAUGGGACUUAUAGCCAACACAAAGUGGAUAAGACCUAGAAUUCAGUAUUACUUUGCUGCUUCUGUUAUCGCAAAUGGGGUGUGUCAUAUGCUACUACCUUUAGCCACCAGCUACGUUGGGUUCUGUGUCUAUGCGGGAUUCCUUGGAUUCGCCUUUGGGUGGUUUAGCUCCGUGUUGUUUGAAACACUGAUGGACCUCAUCGGAUCUCAAAGGUUCUCCAGCGCUGUGGGAUUGGUGACCAUUGUGGAAUGCUGUCCUAUACUCCUGGGGCCACCGAUUUUAGGUCGUCUCAAUGACAUGUAUGGAGACUACAAAUACACAUACUGGGCAAGUGGCAUAAUCCUAAUUAUUUCCGGUGUCUAUCUCUUCAUUGGCAUGGGCAUCAAUUAUCGACUUGAGGCAAAAGAACAGAAAGCAGAGAAGCUGAAACAGGAAGGUAAAGAGGAGGAGCCUAAAAAGGGUACUGAAGCAGCAGGCAGCCGUGGCUGUAGCGUAUAGUCCCAGCUACUCCGGAAGCCAAGGUGGGAGGAAUGCUCCAGGCAGCAGUGAGCUGUGAUCGGACCCUGCUAACUAAUGAUGUUGACCAUUUUUGCAUGUACUUGUUAUCUGUAUAACUUCCGUGAAUCUUUGUUUUGUAAUCAUGACAUUUAACAGGGUCUUAAUGAUAUUAAGUACCUAGAGUUUUUGUUUUUCAAACUCUCUGGGUGACUUUUCCUGGCAUAUCUGACAUGAAAAUGAGUAAUAUAUCUGAAAAUCCUUAAAUGUAUGGCCAUGCAUUUAAACAGAUGGUUAUGAAGUCCAAUAGCACAGAAAUAUACUUAUGUUAUAAGCAUAAUAUGAUGUUAAAUGAAAAAAUCAGAACACAAACUAGUUAAAUCAGUAUAUAUUAACAUACUUUCAGGGGAAGGAAAUACAAAAUUCCAAACAUACUUGUGUUGGGAUGAUGGGUUUUUUUUUUUUUCUAUAUUCUAGUUUUCCUUAAUGUGACUGUGAUUGUUACCUUAUCACUAAUAAAAGACCAAAAAUGAAUAGAUUUGAAAUAGAAGGGUUCUGGCAAGAGACAUUUGACUCCUAAGAAAAUGCAGCUAAUGACUAUUACAAGCAGGUUGCUUUUUACUGCUUCUGCAAGAGUUUCACUCUGGCAAAAGGGAGAUGAGUGUGACAUGGAUCUCAAGAGCACAGUGGUCUGAGGUCAUGAUUUCCUUGUGGUGGACCAAAGCUGCAGAGUGUGGAGUCCAUAGGCCACCUGUGCAGCCGCCAGGGCCUCCUUCCCGCAGGCAGUGCUCUUGGAGAAAAUGUUCCUGUGGUUCCUGUGGAUCACCACUGAGCUGCAAGUGAAUGUGUAGCUCAGAAACGCAGAGCAUUCAGCACGCCCCACUCACCCACGCCACAGUGUUGUGGUUGUUCUUGAGCAUUAUUACACUGAAAUCAGCAUCAGGAAAAAAUACGCUGAUGUCACAAAAAGACAGGGUAUGUUGGCCAAAAGAAGAAGUCGACAUUUCCACAUAGUCAUUCAGUGCAUAUUACUGACACUUACAAUGUGCCAGUUUCUUACAAGGCCGGUUCCAGGCAUUGAGGAUUCAGCAAGGAGCAAAACACAACUGUCUGCACUCCAUAGAUCUUACCUUCUGGUAGGGGAAGACAAACAAUGAACUAUAAGUUAUAAGGAAACAGAAGUUUUCUGAAUUCAGCAUUAGAUACAGGACCAACUUUGAUUGAUCUAAACAGUACUUUUUUGAAUAUAUUCUAUAUGCCUGAAUGUUGGAUAGGAAGGAUAGAUCAGUGAACAAAAUGAAGUUCCUAGCACCUGCAGCUUCUAGUGUAACCAGGACUGUAUAGUAAGUGCUAUGAUGGGGCAGCACAUAAAAAGGCAGCUGACCCAAUCUUGGGAGGACCUGAAAAGGUCUCAACAUAUAUUCUUGAGCAAGUUAGGUAACUCCUAUGAGUCUCAUUGACAAGCAUAAUAAAUUGUUGUAAGGAUUAACAUGAAAGUACACAGCUAUUGUUUUAAAGUAGUUUUAAUAAUGAAGUCUUGCUCUACUAACAUCCUGCGGCUUAGUGAGGGAAGCCUCAGUAAGUUUCAUAAUUAACCAGAAUGACAAUGAAUAAAGAAAUGCUGGUCAUGUUUACAUAGUUCUUCAGUUUACAAACCCUUUUACAUCUAAUCUGUGCAAACCCCAGGUGGGUAGGUAUAAAUAAAAACGAUGACCCUUCUAACUGCAAUGUGGUAUACUAGAUUGGAUCCUGGAACUGAAAAAGGGCAUUAGGAGAAAUGCUGAUCUGUAGUUUAAUAAUAGUAUUGCACAAAUGUUAACAUAUUUCUGGUUACCUAAGAUUAACAUCAGAGGAAGCUGGGUGAAGAGUAUACAGGAACUCUCUGCGAUAUCUUUGCGAUAUUUUCUAUAAAUGUGAAAUUCCAAAAUAAAAAGUAAAAAACCACCCAUAGCACUGACUCCUUAGCUGGGCCUUCAUCCUAGUGUAACAGAGUAGUUCCCCUCCUCCCAUAGAUUUGGAAGCACAAAAUUGAGAGUGGGGAAUAUGUAACAGGGAACGGCAUAAACAUUUUUUUUCUGUCUCUUUAAACUUCCUCCACCGUUUUGAGAACUGCAACCUGCAUCCCUGCCUCAGGCCAGUGGUUGGGAGGAGCAGGGAGAAGGCCUUUUUGUUUUUGCAUCCAAGUUCCCCAAGUGGGCCCAGGUGGGGCUUUGUAUUUGGCAGAAAUAUAAAGCUUAAAAUAGUUAACCACAAGAGCCUACAACUGAGGGGCCCUCCCUUUAACCACUUCCGUACUGCGCUCACCUUGCCCACCGCCGGCACUCAUAGUCCCCACGAUGGUUUGUGCUGUGCAUGGAUGAUGGAUCUGUUUUGUUCUUGUGUGA